GUCGUCACAGAGCCUUCGCGGUUCACCUAGUCAUUUCGUAGUAGCAUUCAGUUGCGGACGCGGACGUAUAGGCUCGCUCGACUGCGCAGCAAAUCCGACCGACCAGUCCGAGAUCGGCUGUGACGGACAUAAUAGGAUGAAGGAUAUCCGCUCGCAGUUUGAGAAAAAUGGCUUCGUCGUUCUGGAAGAUUUCUUCCAACCGGAAGAGAUCGACGAACUCAAAUCUUGCGGAGAAGAAUUCACUACCAACUUGCCUCCGGAAAAUGAGAGGAAAGUUUUCAGUACGAUAGAGUUGCAACAGAGCAAAGAUAAAUAUUUUCUGGACAGUGGUAACAAAAUCAGUGUGUUCUUUGAGGCUGAAGCUUUAGACGAUAAUGGAAAGUUGAAAGUUCAUCCUCGAGUGUCCUUAAAUAAGGUAGGUCACGCCCUGCACUGGCUUCACCCUACAUUCAAAAAAUAUACUUUUGAUGAAAGAGUUAAAGAAGCAGCUUUCCAAUUGGAUUAUCAAGAACCAGCUAUUUGUCAGUCAAUGUACAUUUACAAAAAUCCAGGAAUUGGAUCAGAAGUAAUAAUGCACCAAGAUGCAACAUAUUUGUAUACGGAACCGGUGAAGCUUGUUGGUUUCUGGAUCGCUUUGGAAGAUGCUACUCAGGAAAAUGGAUGUCUAUGGAUCGCACCAGGUUCUCAUAAGAGCGGUGUUCAUCGACGUUAUGUAAGGAAUAAGGAUUCAGAAUCCAAGGAACUGUUAGUCUACGACAGAGCUGCACCUUGUUACCAGCUUAGUAAUUUUCGACCAGUCCCAGUUAGCAAAGGAACCUGCAUUCUCCUUCAUGGACAAGUAGUACAUUUUUCACAUCCAAACAAAAACGAUAAAUCAAGGCACGCUUACACGUUUCACGUAAUCGAGACGCAACACACCUCCUAUUCGAAAGAAAAUUGGCUGCAACCACCUCCAGGAGGAUUUCCAAAGUUGUACAGAAAUUAAAUUUACAGAGAUAAUGCUCGAUCGGUAGAGCACUGUCAAAUUAUUUUAUUACAAAUUGCCAGGGAACAUUAUUUAAUAUCUAUUGCUAUUCUGGCUGUGCAUUUUUAUUUUCCACCUUGUACAAAAGUUAUUUCUUGUAUUAUAAUAUAGAAAUAUUAGUAUAAGUGUUACAUACAUUAUGUAAAACGGAUGUAGCUGAAUUCAGAAGAAUUUUAGUCGGUUUAUAAAUAAUCAUCUAUGUACAUCAGUAGUUCGCUAAUCUACUAAAAUGAAUAUUGAGUUCUUGGAGCUGACGUAGACCUCUAUCCAAUACGUCCUCCUUUCGUUUCACGCAACAAUAUACAUCAAGAGGCUCUAUUUUAACAUCGUUUAACUUCAGUGCUAUUAAUGCAUUCUCAGGAAGAAACGUUAUCAAUGUCUGAUAUAAAUCUAUUAGUGUUCGAUAAUCCGUACAAGAAUUUUUGACUUGUUCUACUACACUGCAAUAAAAUAUGAUUGUUACUAUGUACACAUAUAAAAGAGUGGUUAAAUAAUUUAAUAAUAAACAACUUACGCGCUUA